GAGCGCGCGCGCUCCAAGAUGGCGGCGGCGGGGCCCGAGUCCGGCGGGAGCAGCGGGAGCAGCGGCGGCUUCGGCGGUUCUUCCACCUUCAAGAAAUCCCUGACUCCUGAGAUGCCGGGAGGUUCCGGGCAGACCAUCCGGAAAGGGCACCGAGGGGUGGAUUCCACGGGGGAAACCACCUACAAAAAGACGACGUCGUCGGCGCUGAAGGGCGCGAUCCAGCUGGGGAUCACCCACACCGUGGGCAGCCUGAGCACCAAACCCGAGCGCGACGUGCUCAUGCAGGACUUCUACGUGGUGGAGAGCAUCUUCUUCCCCAGUGAGGGCAGCAACCUCACCCCGGCCCAUCACUACAACGACUUCCGGUUCAAAACCUACGCCCCCGUCGCCUUCCGCUACUUCCGGGAGCUCUUCGGGAUCCGCCCCGACGAUUACCUGUACUCCCUGUGCAGCGAGCCCCUCAUCGAACUCUCCAACUCGGGCGCCAGUGGCUCCCUCUUCUACGUGUCCAGCGACGACGAGUUCAUCAUCAAGACCGUGCAGCACAAGGAGGCCGAGUUCCUGCAGAAGCUGCUGCCUGGCUACUACAUGAACCUGAACCAGAACCCCCGGACUCUCCUCCCCAAGUUUUACGGGCUCUACUGCGUCCAGGCGGGCGGGAAGAACAUCCGGAUCGUGGUGAUGAACAACCUCCUGCCCCGCUCGGUGAAGAUGCACCUCAAGUACGACCUCAAGGGCUCCACCUACAAGCGCAGGGCCUCCCAAAAGGAGAGGGAGAAGGUCUUCCCCACCUACAAGGACCUGGAUUUCAUGCAGGACAUCCCCGACGGGCUCUUCCUGGACUCGGACAUGUACAACGCCCUGUGCAAGACGCUGCAGAGGGACUGCUUGGUCCUGCAGAGCUUCAAGAUCAUGGAUUACAGCCUGCUGGUGGCCAUCCACAACAUGGACCUGGCGCAGCGGGAGCAGGGCCUGGCCGACGGCGCGGCCCCGGCGGACACGCGGCGCCCGGCGGCGCAGAAGGCCCUGUAUUCCACGGCCAUGGAAUCCAUCCAGGGAGAGGCCAGGAGAGGGGGAACCAUCGAGACCGACGACCAGAUGGGAGGAAUUCCAGCCCGGAAUUCCCGGGGGGAGCGGCUGCUGCUCUACAUCGGCAUCAUCGACGUGUUGCAGUCCUACAGGUUUGUGAAGAAGUUGGAGCACUCCUGGAAGGCCCUGGUGCACGAUGGGGACACAGUCUCUGUGCACAGGCCCAGCUUUUAUGCUGAGAGGUUCCAGCGCUUCAUGUGCAACACGGUCUUCAAGAAAAUCCCACUGAAAGCCUCCCCUUCCAAGAAGAGCCGGAGCGGGCCCGCGAUUCCCAGACGGAGCUGCCCGGGGGGGAUCCCUGCCCAGCUCCAGGGGGGCUCCGACCCCAAAGCACAAGUGACCACGGAGGCAGACGUGGAGCAAGGGUCCCACCUCGGCCGCCCGGAUCUCCUGCCCCGGACUCUGCCCGUGGACGAAGCCAACAGCGACUCGGUGGCCACCACCCUGUCCACGUCCUCCCUGGGCAGUGGGGGCCUCAAUUCCCCUGCCAACAGCGGCUCCCCCGGCCCCUCCAUCCCCGAGCGCUCCCUGGAGCUGAGGGAGCAGCUCCAGGACCUGCAGGAGACAGAGAUCAGCUUUGUGAGGGCCAAGAUGGUUCUGGAGAGCACCAUGGUCUGUGUGGACAACAGCGAGUACAUGAGGAACGGGGAUUUCCUGCCCACGAGGCUCCAGGCCCAGCAGGACGCCGUGAACAUCGUGUGCCACUCCAAAACCAGGAGCAACCCCGAGAACAACGUGGGGCUCAUCACCCUGGCCAAUAACUGCGAGGUGCUGACCACGCUCACCCCGGACACGGGACGGAUCCUCUCCAAGCUCCACACGGUGCAGCCCAAAGGGAAGAUCACCUUCUGCACCGGGAUCAGAGUGGCCCACCUGGCCCUGAAGCACCGGCAGGGCAAGAACCACAAGAUGAGGAUCAUCGCCUUCGUGGGGAGCCCCGUGGAGGACAACGAGAAGGAUUUGGUGAAGCUGGCGAAGCGUCUCAAGAAGGAGAAGGUCAACGUGGACAUCAUCAAUUUUGGGGAGGAGGAGGCCAACACGGACAAGCUGACCGCGUUCAUCAACGCCCUCAACGGCAAGGACGGCAGCGGCUCCCACCUGGUGACGGUGCCCCCCGGGCCCAGCCUGGCUGAUGCCCUCAUCAGCUCCCCCAUCCUGGCGGGCGAGGGGGGGGCCAUGCUGGGCCUGGGCGCCAGCGACUUCGAGUUCGGCGUCGACCCCAGCGCCGACCCCGAGCUGGCACUGGCUCUCAGGGUGUCCAUGGAGGAGCAGAGGCAGCGGCAGGAGGAGGAGGCCCGAAGAGCUGCGGCCGCCUCGGCCGCCGAGGCCGGGAUCGCGGCCACUGCCGGGGACGAGUCGGACGAUGCCCUGCUCAAGAUGACCAUCACCCAGCAGGAGUUCGGCCGGGCGGGGCUGCCCGACCUCAGCUCCAUGACGGAGGAGGAGCAGAUCGCCUACGCCAUGCAGAUGUCCCUGCAGGGGGCUGAGUUUGCCCAGGCGGAGGCGGCGGAGGUGGACAGCUCUGCCAUGGACACCUCUGAGCCUGCCAAGGAGGAGGACGACUACGACGUGAUGCAGGACCCCGAGUUCCUGCAGAGUGUCCUGGAGAACCUGCCCGGGGUGGAUCCCAACAACGAGGCCAUCCGGAAUGCCAUGGGAUCCCUGGCCUCCCAGGCUUCCAAGGAAAACAAGGACAAGAAGGAGGAGGACAAGAAAUGA